AUGGAGACCGCAGAGCCGGUAUCAUACGAGUUUCCCGGCCACCCUGUUGGUGCUGUUGCGUCUCGCCGGAUGAUGGGCUCCGGCCUCGGUCAUAACUUUUCCUUCUAUGGCAAUCCAACAGCCUCGUUCCCAUUGCCAUUUCAUCAGCCGCCCUCUUCUGCGACGUACGGCUUUGGCCAUCCACUCGGCAACCAUCAUCACCAUGCCCAGCAGCAGCAGCAGCAACAACAACAGCAGCAGCAGCACCACCACCAUCACCACCACCACCACCCGGGCUACCAACACUUCUUCGUCCCAAACCAGCAGCUGAACACGCAGCCCAUGCGGCUCGCAUCAGAGCCGCCAUCUAUACAGCAGGUCCCAGAUAUCCGACCUGCCAAAAAUGCCGUAAACAGGGUGGCCAGAGAACCUGUGAUGAAGGCGGAGCACAACGCUGGUCCGCAACCGGGUCUGGCAAACCCAGCAUCCACCAACAAUACGGCAGUUCAGACAAAGAACCCUAGUCCUGGUGAUAUUGAAUUCUCGACUGAGGUUGAUAUCCUCAUGAAGGCGAUUCAAGCCAAGGGAGUCUCCCAGCAGCAGCAGCAGCAGCAACAACCGAACUUGCAGUCGCUACCGCCGCUGCAGCAGUUGACACAUGGAGGGAGCAAUGGGUAUGCCCAGUCGUACGUUCCCCCGGUGGCGAAUCCCCGCGCUGCUCCUGUUAUUAUCGAGGAGCCCCAGUCUCGAUCAGGGAAGAAGCGCAAGUACGCGUGUACGGAGCCACAGUGUGGGAAGAGUUUCGCUCAAAAGACUCAUCUCGACAUCCACAUGAGAGCCCAUACCGGUGACAAACCAUUUGUCUGCAAAGAACCUUCAUGCGGGCAGCGAUUCUCACAGCUGGGAAACCUCAAGACUCACCAACGACGCCAUACUGGAGAAAAGCCCUUUUCUUGCGAGAUCUGCCAAAAACGCUUCGCCCAGCGAGGAAACGUGCGCGCCCACAAGAUAACACACGAGCACAAAAAACCAUUCGAAUGUCUCCUGGACCAGUGCGGAAAGCAAUUUACGCAGCUAGGAAAUCUCAAGUCCCACCAAAAUAAGUUCCACGCAACCACGCUCCGAAACUUAACCUUAAAAUUCUCGCAAGUGAUCGACGGCGAGCACAUGAAUCCUCAUGACCGGGAACUCUGGGAAUACUUCGCCAAGCUGUAUAAAAACAGUAACAAGGGGAUCAAGGGACGCGGCAAAGACCGCCGAAUCUCCCCGUCUUCCAAAUCCGAACACACUGCCGAUGGCCGGCGACGGUCCGGCGUUGACGACAAGGCGCGGCGUGGGAGUUAUGAGGACUCCGUUUAUACCGGGGCGUCAAGUAGUGACGAAGAAGAUACAGAGCCCUACUAUAUCGAGAGACAGGGGCAAUGA